AUGUACAUCUACUUCCCAGGUGUGAGCUUCUCCAAGGUCUCCUCCUUCACCGCAGUCGGCACUUUCCGUGCCGGGCCAGCCGACAACGAGUACAGCGGCGACAUCCAGGGACUCGACUUUGUGACAUUUGAUUCGACUUCAGCCGCUCUCAACGGAGCUACCUCCCGAAUUUUCGUUGGUGUUGCCGAGAACACUACUUCAUCUAUCUAUGUGUCGAAUGACGCUGGUUCUACCUGGUCAGCCGUUGCUGGCCAGCCCGGCAAAUAUUUCCCCCACAAGGGAAGGAUUCAGCCCACAGAGAAGGCCCUCUAUAUCACCUAUUCGGAUGGCACUGGUCCCUAUGAUGGUACCUCAGGUUCCGUAUGGAGAUACGACCUCACUGCCAACACCUGGAAGGAUAUCACUCCUGUUGCGCCCGGCCCCGACUUGUACUUUGGUUUUGGCGGACUGGGUCUUGACUUGCAAAAGCCCGGUACUUUAGUCGUUGCCACUCUCAACAGCUGGUGGCCGGAUGCGCAACUGUUCAGAUCAACUGAUUCUGGGGCCACGUGGAAGAAGAUCUGGACAUGGGGUAGCGACGGCAACCAAAACUUGAGUUAUGCACAAACCAGCCCCAAGGCUCCUUGGAUUAAGACCAACUUCCUCGACGUCGACACCAAAGAUUUGGGCUGGAUGAUCGAGUCCCUUGAGAUAGAUCCCCUCGACUCGAACCACUGGCUUUGGGGAACUGGGCUUACAAUCUUCGGCGGUCGAGACCUUACUAAUUGGGACAAUGGUGUCAAAGUGAAUAUUCAGUCCCUCGCAGAUGGAAUCGAAGAGAUGGCCAUCCAGGAACUCGCCAGCGCCCCUGGUGGGUCAGACCUUCUGGUAGCGGCCUUCGACAACAACGGGUUCACAUUCAAGGCUGAGAGUGACCUCGACACAUCGCCCCAGACCACUUGGGCGACUCCGAUGUGGGCCAGCUCCGUGGGUGUAGACUAUGCCGGCAACAAGGUCGCCAACGUCGUUCGUGUCGGCAAUACCGCAGGCACACAGCAACUUGCUGUCAGUUCUGACGGCGGUGCCACCUGGAGCAUCAACUACGUCGCUGGGACAACACAAUACGGCGGCUCCGUCGCCUACUCUGCCGACGCCGACACAAUCCUCUGGUCGACUGAAACUCUCGGAGUCCAGAGGAGCCAGAACCAAGGCUCCCUUGCCGUCGUCACCAGUAUACCGGCAGGCGCCAUCAUCGCCAGUGACAAGCGAAACAACACCGUCUUCUACGGUGCUUCCGGCGCCAGCUUCUAUCGCUCCACCAACCUCGGCGCAACAUUUGCUACCUCUGGCUCUUUCGGCUCCGCCUCCCAGAUCCGCCACGUCGAAGCCCAUCCGGCCAAGGCGGGCGACGUCUGGGUCUCCACUGACAUUGGCAUCUUCCACAGCACCGACUAUGGCGUCUCCUUCACCCAGGUCUCCACGGCCCUCACGAACACGAAUAAAGUCGCCCUAGGCAAGGGCUCCGGCUCAAACUGGAAUCUCUACGCCUUCGGCACCGGCUCCGCUGGCCGCAGACUUUACGGCAGCGCCGACCUCGGCGCCUCCUGGACGGACAUCCAGGGCUCCCAGAGCUUCGGUGCCAUCGACGGCGCCAAGCUGGCCGGCUCCGGAAAUGAGGCGAACCUGGUCUACGUCGGCUCAAACGGACGCGGCGUCUUCUAUGCCUCUGGCGCCAUUGCUUCCUCUGGUGGUGGGUCGACCUCUGUUGCUCCGACAUCAACUAACAAGGCAUCAAGCAGCAGCAGCUCGUCGGUCGCUGUGACCUCGUCAACUUCCACCGCCAGAACUUCCACCGCCAGGUCCACCACGUUGGCGACUUCCUCCACGAUCCGGACCUCGACAACCUCUGCGCCCGCUCCCACGGCGACUAACCUGGUUGCGCAGUACGGGCAAUGCGGAGGCCAAGGUUGGACCGGCCCUACGCAGUGCGUGUCGCCGUACACUUGCACUUCUGCGAAUCAGUGGUACUCUCAGUGUUUGUAG